AUGAAGAGAAGUUUGCGUGAUAGAGAGCUUGAUAGCAUAACCAUGGCUAAUUGCUUGAUGUUUCUAUCCAAAGGAAGGGAAUCGUAUUCUUUUCCUUCAUUUGAUCAUCAUGCCAUGAGCAAUAAUUCACCUAGUCGAGUUUUUGAGUGCAAAACUUGCAAUAGGCAAUUCCCAUCAUUUCAAGCCCUAGGUGGCCACCGUGCAAGUCACAAGAAGCCUAGGUUGAUGGGAGGAGAAGGGAGCUUCGAGACUCAAUCGCCGGCAAAGCCCAAAACGCACGAGUGCUCUAUUUGUGGACUAGAGUUUGCCAUCGGGCAAGCUUUGGGUGGUCACAUGAGGAGACACAGAGCUGCUUUGAAUGAUCAAAACCAGGUUGACCCUUUCAGCCCUCCUAGUACCGAUCAUCAGCAAAAUGAUAUGGAGCUGUUUAAGCUUGGAAAGGCAGCUCCUAUGGUUGAUUGUUUCUUUUAG